CCAAAGGAUAAAUUUGCUAGCUGUGUGAUCCUGGAGAGUUACUUAACCUCUCUGAAGCUCAGAACUCUCAUUUACAAUGACAGGAAUAAUGUUUGUCCUACUCUCUUCAUGGAGAUAUUUUGAGGAACAAAUUAGAUAACACACAUAAAAGCACUCAGAGAACUCUGAAAUGCUAAAACUGGAAAGAAGGAACAAGUCAGGGUAAAUGGCUUUGGGUUCCCAUAGCAGGCUGUCCACUGCACUCUAUAGUAGUAUAAUUAUCUGCUCUCAUGGCCUGGAAGUGGCACAAUAGCAGGAGGACAGUAGAAACCUGGCACCUGGAAAGCUCCAGACUAAACCAUCUGUCCCCAGCAGUCAGGGACACCUGGAUUGAAAUCACUUAUUUAACCAGAAACAGAGUUAUUUUUGUGAUGUUUGUGCUGGCCAAGCCUGCGGGGGAGCUCAACAAGGAGACGAACAGAAGACGAAGGCAGCUGGCCAAGAGGUCAUCCUGGCUGGUGGGCUGAACACUUGUGCUUCAAGAAGGUGACGAAAGGGGCAAAUCAUGUUUUUACAUCCCAGCCAACAGACAAGUUUACUGGCUCCAGAAUAGCCCACUGUCCACCAUAAAAAUCCCUGACUGAAAAUGAGAACUUGACCUAGGGUUGGCGCAUUAGAGGACUCUUCUGUUUACGGGCUUAGAGGUCACAGGGCACUUUGCCCCAGCCAUAGCUGUUUGGAUGUUACAGGAAAGAGCCUGCUCAGUUUCACACACAUUCUCUCUUCCUCCUUCCCUCUCCAAGAACCAAAGUUUAUAUAAAAAAGCAUGUUUUUGCUUGAUGUUGGACCAAAUAGAUUUCUAUUAUAUUACUAUCAAGUAAGCUGGACUCACUCAAAUGCACUCUCUUGAUAAAAUGCCUAGUUAUUACACCUGCUGUUUUCCACAGGCAAAAGAUUGCAAUACCUUUCUCCAUCCUCCUCAAAAAACAAACAGAAACCAUUUAAAACAGAGCCAUUGUUUAUAUAUUAUACUUGUGUGUACCUAUCUGCAACGCUCUUACUUCGCAGAAGGAAUAUUUGUCUGCCAACAUUUUUGGAUUUAGCAGCAGGGCUCUUAUUGACAAGCUAAGAGAGGGGUCUGCAGAGGAAAAUUCAUCAUCUGAUCAAGGCUUUCAGGCAAAUUAAAAUUCUCUGGGCAGGAUCCUCUUUCCUACACUUAGAUUUCAGUGAACAGAAAGUAGAUUAUCUCUCCAGGCAAUUAUCAACUCUGAAAGUGCUUGUGGUUUUAGACUUUGGCAGAACUUGUUGAAAACAGCAUCAUCAUAAGGCACUUGUACAAACUCUAAUUUCAAUGGCUCUUUUGUCUCACAUGAUACAUGAUGAAACUUAUGAAGAUCUGUUUUCCCCCCUCAGGGUCAUUUCUUUUUUUUCCACAGAGCCAAUCUGCAUCAUUUAUAUCCAAACUAUUAUAUUAGCCACUCUUUUCACUAGACUAGAGAACUUCUUUUUAAUUGUCCCUAUCAUGGCCACCAUGCAUCAAAGGUCUUUUCGCCAUUCCUCCAGGACUUCCACUGUAAGGAAAGGAGCCCCUGGACCAACAUCCUCUAAGAUGUUUAUAUGGACCAGUGGCCGGACCUCUUCAUCUUACAGACACGAUGAGAAAAGAAAUAUUUACCAGAAAAUCAGGGACCAUGACCUCCUGGACAAAAGGAAAACCGUCACAGCUCUGAAAGCAGGAGAAGACCGGGCCAUUCUGCUGGGACUGGCCAUGGUGGUGUGUUCCAUCACCAUGUACUUCCUGCUGGGAAUCACACUCCUGCGCUCAUAUAUGCAGAGUGUGUGGACGGAAGAGUCUCAGUGCACCCUGCUGAACGUGUCCAUCACGGAAACAUUUAAUUGCUCCUUCAGCUGUGGUCCAGACUGCUGGAAACUCUCCCAGUACCCCUGCCUCCAGGUGUACGUUAACCUGACUUCUUCCAGCGAAAAGCUCCUUCUCUACCACACCGAAGAGACGAUGAAAAUCAAUCAGAAGUGCUCCUAUAUUCCUAAGUGUGGAAAAAAUUUUGAAGAAUCCAUGUCCCUAGUGAAUGUUGUCAUGGAAAACUUCAGGAAGUACCAACACUUCUCCUGCUAUUCUGACCCAGAAGGAAACCAGAAGAGCGUCAUCCUAACCAAACUCUACAGCUCCAACGUGCUGUUCCAUUCGCUCUUCUGGCCAACAUGUAUGAUGGCUGGGGGUGUGGCGAUCGUUGCCAUGGUGAAACUCACACAGUACCUCUCCCUGCUCUGUGAGAGGAUCCAACGGAUCAAUAGAUAAAUGCAAAAUGGAUGACAUUAUUUUCUUUAAAGCGCAAAUACUGUUUUCUUUCAUUCUUCACCAAAGAACCUUAAGUUUGUAAUGUGCAGUCUGUUAUGAGUUCCUUAAUAUAUUCUUAUUAUGUAGAGCAAUAAUGCAAAAGCUGUUCUAUAUGCAAACAUGAUGUCUUUAUUAUUCAGGAGAAGAACUGACUGUUUUGUGUUGAUUGGUUAUUUUCAUAAUCUUGUUUUGAUGCUGGAACUAGUACUUCCUUCUCUCACUCUGCCAAAAUAAGGUUCAGUUAUUCAUUUGCCAAGUUUUGUGGAGGAAUGCAGACAGUAUCAGUGUGAUAAGGUCUGUGUUCUGAGUUGUCAGAUCUCUUGAAGACAUUUCUGCAAUAUUUUUCAUCAUUCAUUGUUUACUAAAGCUGCAGCCAAAAAUAUUUUUUCUUUUCUUACUCAAGACUGAGCCCUGUAGCAAGUGAAGGGACCAGAUUUCCUAACUAAAGGAGGUUAAGCAUUUUCCUUGUAUUCCUACCAUAUCACUGUAAAGAAGGGGGAAACCCAGCCAGCUAUUUUUCUUUUAUUACUUUCUAUUCAUAACCUCAGAUUUUUUAACUGAUUUCCAAAAAAUAUGCUGUUUUCAUUAACCAAUUCUAUAAUAUCUUCCUGUGGUUUAAAUAGAAAAUGAACAGAACCUUUUCCAUUUAAGACCCUGCUACUGUGUAAGGAGACAACAUUUACAAGGAGUUUCAUUAUCUGAGAACUGACUGAAUGUUGAUAGAUGCUCCAUUACAAUCCAGGAAAGUCUAUGUUACUAAGAUAUGUGUGUGAAAAUCUUUAUUCCAUUUCAACUGAAUUGUUAGAUGGUAAAAUUAAAGUCCUACUUGCUGGUCAAGACUGGUGGACUGAUUUCAGUGGAUAAAUCUAUUGUGGCAAGUCAACAUAUUGGAAUAUUGUUCUUUGGGAAUUUAUGUUUAAGUUAAUGAAUGUGUAGUCUCUUUUUCUGACGUGUUCCCUAAUGGGAUUUUAAAACUAUGUGCACAGAAUAUUGUCUCCUCUACAUGUUUUAUUUUUCUAUUUACAAUUCCCUUUUUUGUUGCUAGAUUUUGUACACUGAAUAGACUUUUUUUCCUAACACACACUUGAACUGAAUAACAGAUUUAAAGGAAGCUUUUGUUCACAUUGCCAUUUACUUAUUGUGUUGUGAGUGGGGAGGGGGGUGGGGAGGGGUUGGUUUUAAACAAAAACAUUUCAUCUUUUAUUUAACACCAAUAUCACAAGGAGAAGAUAAACAUCUAUCUUUCUCAUCUAUAUUUAAGUACCUUUUUGUAAUGUAGUAUCAAAGUUUUCUAGGUAUUGCAAAAUUUUACAAAUUGUGUUUGUGGAAUGAGUGGUGAACCUAAUCUGAUGAAGUGAAAAGUAUUCUGCAAUAUUGUAAUUCAUAGCUCAACUUUCAUAAGCAAAUAAAUCCCUAGGGUGUAACCAGGA